CUCUUGACUAGGUGUCUGAUGUCCCAGCAGAGAGGACACGCCCUUCCUGGCAUCACUCACCUGCAGCCUCGCCUCUCUCAGACUCUCUCAGACUCUCCCAAACCUUCCUGGAACACAGAGACCCAGAACCAGGCUCCAGAACCAGACCCAGAACCAGAACCAGGCUCCAGAACCAAGCCGAGACCCAGACCCAGAACCUGACCCAGAACCAGAACCAGGCUCCAGACCCAGGCUCCAGGCUCCAGACUUAGACUGAGACCAAGACCCAAGUUCCAGAACCAGAGCCAGACCCAGCACCAUGUCGGGCAUCGCGGCCACCCUGCAGCACCGCCGGGAGAAGGACCAGGGCAUCGGUUCCUGCAGCCAGGCGGUGAAGUACCUGAACCAGGACUUCCAGGCUCUGCAGCAGCAUUGCUUCCAGACCGGCCGGCUGUUCCAGGACGAAACCUUCCCGGCCAUCACCUCCUCUCUGGGCUUCAAGGAGCUGGGUCCGGGCUCCUACAAGACCAGGGGGGUUUCCUGGGAGAGACCGACGGAGUUGACCUCUAACCCUGAGUUCAUCGUCUCUGGAGCCUCGAGGACGGACAUCUGUCAGGGAGCUCUGGGUGACUGCUGGCUGCUCGCCGCCAUCGCCUCUCUGACCCUGAACGAGGAAGUUCUGGCUCGAGUCGUUCCACAUGGACAGAGCUUCAGGGAAGGAGAGUACGCUGGCAUCUUCCACUUCCAGUUCUGGCAGUUUGGCGAGUGGGUGGACGUGGUGAUCGAUGACCGUCUGCCGUGCAAAGACGGAGAGCUGAUGUUCGUCCACUCGGCGGAGGGGAGGGAGUUCUGGAGCGCCCUGCUGGAGAAGGCCUACGCCAAGAUGAACGGCUGCUACGAGGCUCUGUCUGGAGGAUCCACCACCGAGGGCUUCGAGGAUUUCACCGGAGGAAUCGCUGAAGUCCACGAGCUCAGUAAACCUGAUCCCUACCUGUUCCACAUCAUCCAGAAAGCUCAGAGCCGAGGCUCCCUGAUGGGCUGCUCCAUAGACAUCACGAGCUCUUCCGACUCGGAGGCAGUAACCCAUCAGAAGCUGGUGAAAGGCCACGCCUACUCUGUGACAGGUGCAGCUGAGGUAGAGUACCGUGGCAACAUGGAGAAGCUGAUCCGGAUCAGAAACCCCUGGGGACAGGUGGAGUGGACCGGAGCCUGGAGCGACAACUCGGCUGAGUGGCGUCAGAUCAGCGACGAGGACCGACAGCGUCUGAGUCAUCGCUCCGAGGACGGAGAGUUCUGGAUGUCCUUCAAAGACUUCCUGCGUCAUUACUCGCGGCUGGAGAUCUGUAACCUGACGCCCGACGCCCUGACGGACGACAGCGUCUCUAAGUGGGCGCUGUCCACGUUCGACGGCAGCUGGCGGAGAGGAUCCACCGCCGGAGGCUGCAGGAACAACCCCAGCACGUUCUGGACCAACCCGCAGUUUGUGAUCCAGCUGGACGAGGAGGACGACGAACCCGACGAUGGAGAGGCCGGCUGCAGCUUCGUGGUCGGUCUGAUCCAGAAGAACCGCCGACGCAUGAGGAAGAUGGGCGAGGACAUGAACACGGUCGGGUUCGCCAUUUACGAGGUUCCUGAUGAGUACCGCGGUCAGAGGAACGUCCACCUCAACAGGAACUUCUUCCUGCGUAACGCGUCGGCUGCUCGCUCUGAGACCUUCAUCAACCUGCGAGAGGUCUGCAGCCGCUUCGUCCUUCCUCCAGGAGAGUACCUGAUCGUCCCGUCCACCUUCGAGGCCAACAAGAACGGAGACUUCUGCGUCCGAAUCUUCUCCGAGAAACAGGCCGACUUCCAAGAGCUGGACGACCCCAUCGAGUCCAGAGUGGAGAAGAUUGAGAUCGAUGAGGACGAUGUGGACGAUCGGUUCAGAGGUCUGUUCGGUCAGCUGGCAGGAGGGGACAAUGAGAUCUCCACCUUCGAGCUGCAGAAGAUCCUCAACAAAGUCGUGUGCAAACGUGAUGACAUCAAGACCAGCGGCUUCAGCAUGGCAACGUGUCGCAACAUGGUCAACAUGCUGGACAAAGACGGCAGCGGUAAACUGGGUCUGGUGGAGUUUAAAGUGCUGUGGACCAAAAUCGAGAACUACCUGAAUAUUUACCGUAAGAAGGACGUGGACAACUCGGGGACGAUGAGCUCUACUGAGAUGAGGAUGGCUGUGGAGGACGCUGGGUUCAGUUUGAACAACCCGCUCCAUCAGGUCCUGGUGGCCCGCUACAGUGAAUCAGAUCUCACCAUCGACUUUGACAACUUUGUGGGCUGCUUGGUUCGUCUGGAGACCAUGUUCAACACGUUCAACACGCUGGACAAAGAUAAGUCAGGAACUGUUGAGUUCACCAUAUUGGAGUGGCUGAACGUAACUCUGCUCUGAGGAACCAGGACCACCCUGGUCCUGAUCCUGGUCCUGGUCCAAGCAAACUGACCGACUGUACCAACUGGAGCUGUAAUAUAAUGGGUGUGGUUGAUAUAUAUAUUCUAUAGGAAUGAUGAGGGAUGUUAGUGAGACAGCUGCUGAUCAUCUGUCAUCAAUAUAUGGUUUAUUGCACGUUAUAAUGUGACUAUGAGCAGAUAUAAAGACAUGUUUAAGUGUUUAUUAAUAUUCGGUAGAACUCCUAAUAACACGUUUUAUAUUAUUACAGCUGUUUAUAAAUAAAACAUUAAUAAACACUUACAACUGCAUUAUAGUCUGGUAUUCACCCUGUUAUUACAUGUUUAUAUACUGAUUAUACACGAUGACGGGUGUUAAAAUAAAGUGGUUCCAAUAAUGUUU